AAUGAAAUUAAUUUACAAAUGACAAAAGUAUUCCCGUUAAAUCCUAGAGCGGUGCACCGCAAGAUCGGCGAUAUAUUGACGAUACAAAAAACGAAAAAUCAAUUUAAACACGAGAAAAUCAACGAUAGGACCCACGAGAUAAUAAACUAGCCGUUGGGGACUUUAAAUUCAAAAGCCCCAAUUUCACAUACGGUAUCAAAGAGAAAGACACCCCCAUUAAGCUCACACUCUUUCCAUUUUGGAUAUCCAUUUUUUUCUCUCUAUCAGAUUUUUGUCUUCUCAGAUCUCAGGCGCAACUUCUUCUGUUUUUUCCUUUUCAGGCUUUUGCAUUUCUCAGCUGGAGUUCAAUUUGGGGAAGUACUAGUCUAGUUCUAGUCAAGAUGACGGUGAGAACUCCUGGUACUCCAGUGUCAAAGAUAGAAAGGACUCCAGCAACCACGCCUAAUGGACAUCGAGCUAAAGAGGAGAAAAUUGUUGUAACAGUUAGAUUAAGGCCUUUGAACAAAAGGGAGCUUUCAGCCAAAGACCAUGCUGCAUGGGACUGCGUUGAUGAUCACACAAUUAUUUAUAGACCACUGCCCCAUGAACGUGCUGCUCAACCAGCUUCAUUUACAUUUGAUAAAGUCUUCGGUCCAGAUAGUAUAACUGAAGCCGUGUAUGAGGAAGGAGUAAAGAAUGUGGCUUUAUCCUCUUUGAUGGGAAUAAAUGCAACCAUAUUUGCAUAUGGACAAACCAGCAGUGGGAAGACUUACACAAUGAAAGGAAUUACUGAGAAAGCUGUCAACGAUAUCUAUUCACAUAUAAUGAGUACCCCAGAAAGAGAAUUUAGAAUAAGAAUAUCUGGACUGGAGAUCUACAAUGAAAAUGUCAGGGACCUAUUGAAUUCUGAAUCUGGUCGAAAUCUCAAGCUUCUUGAUGAUCCAGAGAAAGGAACUGUCGUCGAGAAAUUGGUGGAAGAAACAGCAAGCAAUGACCAACAUUUGAGGCAUUUAAUUAGUAUAUGUGAGGCUCAGAGGCAAGUCGGCGAAACCGCCUUAAACGAUACGAGCUCACGAUCUCACCAGAUAAUAAGACUGACAAUAGAAAGCACCCAUCGUGAAAGUUCUGAUUGUGUGAGGUCUUAUGUAGCAAGCUUGAACUUCGUUGAUUUGGCUGGGAGUGAAAGAGCCUCACAGACAAAUGCAGAUGGUGCUAGGCUUAGGGAAGGUUGCCAUAUCAAUCUCAGUUUGAUGACUCUUACAACCGUGAUUAGAAAGCUCAGUGUGGGCAAAAGAAGUGGUCAUAUACCCUACCGGGACUCAAAGCUGACAAGAAUAUUGCAACAUUCACUUGGUGGAAAUGCCCGUACUGCGAUAAUAUGCACUCUCAGCCCUGCAUCUAGUCACGUUGAACAAUCUCGUAACACUCUCUUCUUCGCCACUCGAGCGAAGGAAGUCACAAACAAUGCCCAAGUGAACAUGGUUGUUUCUGACAAACAGCUUGUCAAGCAUUUGCAGAAGGAAGUAGCCAGAUUGGAAGCAGAGCUGCGUACCCCAGAGCCUGCUAAUGAGAAGGAUUUGAAAAUUCAACAGAUGGAAAUGGAAAUCGAGGAGCUGAAGCGUCAAAGGGAUCUCGCACAGUCACAAGCCAACGAGUUACGCAGAAAGCUUCAGGAGGAACAGGGACUGAGGCCAUCUGAAUCUGUUAGUCCAAUUGCGAAGAAAUGUCUCUCAUUCUCUGGCACAUUAUCUCCAAACUUUGAAGAAAAAGCACCUGUCCGUGGUGAAAGAACAAGAAACACAAUGGGAAGGCAGUCAGUGAGGCAAUCUUUGGCUGCCCCUUUUACACUCAUGCAUGAAAUUCGUAAACUCGAACAUCUCCAGGAGCAGCUUGGAGAUGAAGCAAAUCGAGCAUUGGAAGUACUACAAAAGGAAGUUGCAUGUCAUAGGCUAGGUAACCAGGAUGCAGCAGAAACUAUUGCUAAGUUGCAAGCAGAGAUCAGAGAAAUGCGUUCUGUACCGCCUGUCUGCAAAGAAGUUGAAGUUGGAAAUGUAGUUGCUGUCAAUAAGAGUGUCAGUGCCAACCUGAAGGAAGAGAUAGCCAGACUUCACUCACAGGGAAGCAAUAUUGCUGAUCUUGAAGAACAGCUAGAGAAUGUUCAGAAAUCAUUAGACAAACUGGUUAUGUCUCUUCCAAGCAAUAAUGAUCAACAGUCAAACAAUGACACCCCACAAAAGGCAAAGCAUCCAUCAAAAAAGAAGAAGUUGCUCCCAUUGUCCUCGAGCAACAGUAUCAACAGGCAAAAUUUCUUGAAAUCUCCCUGUUCUCCUCUGUCAACAGCGCGACAAGUACUGGAUUGUGAGAUUGAAAAUAGAGCUCCGGAUUCGGAUGAUUUGUCCUGUGAAAUUCAGAUGAUGCAAGACAAUGAGACUCCUACAAAAAGUGAUGGAGGUGAUGUUUCAUCAAAGGAGGGCACUCCAUAUCGCCGUUCCAGUUCUGUGAACAUGAGAAAGAUGCAGAAGAUGUUUCAAGAUGCAGCAGAAGAGAACGUCAGGAACAUAAGAUCAUAUGUGACAGAACUUAAAGAACGGGUGGCCAAACUUCAAUACCAGAAGCAGCUCCUUGUAUGCCAGGUGCUUGAGCUGGAAGCAAAUGAAGCAGCUGGAUACAAUUUAGAGGAUGAUGAAAACAUUCAUCAGAUACCGGAAGAGUCCCCAGUUUCAUGGCAAAUCACGUUUAAGGAACAGAGGCAGCAAAUUAUUGACUUAUGGGAUGUUUGCUACGUCUCCAUUAUUCAUAGGUCACAGUUCUAUCUGUUAUUUAAGGGAGACCCUGCCGAUGAAAUAUAUCUGGAAGUUGAACUCAGGCGCUUGACAUGGUUACAACAGCACCUGGCAGAGCUUGGAAACGCAACCCCGGCUCGUGCUGGAAAUGAACCAACAGUCUCUUUGUCAUCAAGCAUUAAAGCUUUGAAGAGGGAAAGAGAAUUCCUUGCCAAGAGAUUGACAACCCGUCUGACAGCUGAAGAAAGAGAUUAUCUGUACAUAAAAUGGGAAGUUCCUUUGGAGGGUAAACAGAGAAGAAUGCAAUUUAUUAACAAGCUUUGGACAAAUCCACGUAAUGAAAAGCAUGUAAAAGAGAGUGCUGAGAUAGUGGCAAAGCUCGUAGGUUUCUGUGAAGGAGGUAACAUGUCAAGAGAGAUGUUUGAGCUUAACUUUGUCCUUCCAUCAGAUAGGAGGCCUUGGUUCGCUGGCUGGAAUCAAAUCUCCGACCUUCUCCAUAUAUGACAAGCUUAGAUUCUUUUUGUAAGUAAAUUAUUUGUAUUGCGUGUUGUUUUUUCAUGUAUAUGAAACUCUGGAGCCUCCCAAUUUUGGAGCCUCCGUAGUUGUUCCAGUACCAACUGAUUAAAUUUAGAGCAGUAUGGAAGAUUGGAAUUUGAGGGAUCACAUCAUGCAGCUUCAUUGCAUGAAUAAAGCAUUCAUUUGAAAUUCUGAUAUCUAUAUUGGUUUUCUACUUGGUACUUUGAGUCCAUUUAUUUGUUUUCUUUCCACUUGCGUGCCUUUCUUUCUCCGGAAGAUUGUAAUUCUUUGUUUGGGCUCUUAUUAUAUCUUUCUUAUUUAUUUAUGACCUCUUUAUUGGAAGUUCUCGUUCUCGAAUAGAAGCAACAAGAGAUGGUUGUUGCACAGGGCACAUUGGUAGAAAGAACUGGAUCACACCCGGGUCGAGAACUUUGCAAGUUAAAUCCUAAUUUUUUGCAUGUAGUCCCAGAAAUACCAUAUAUAUUAUCUUAGACUUAUGACAGAACUUGUACAUAUGUUGUUGACAAAGCAUGAGUUGUCUCUUUUCAUUCAAGAGCACAUAAAUAAAGCAAGCAAAAGACACGUAAUAACUAAAAUAGAGAGUGCAGAUCAUAUCACACACAGUGCAUCAAGCAUAUUGUUUUUCUUUCUCUACCUACCAUAGAACCAAAUAUCAGCAAGCGCAGGGUAUGGAUAGAUAUCAAAUGUAGUGGAAUUAUUUUUAACACUUGGGGUAGGGAGAACCACAAGUGCGAGCAACUUUUUUGGCACCAGGGGUGUUGACAUAGUUCCUUAACAUAGGGUUCUUGAGAUAAUUGCAGAGGCAAGGCUUUUGCUCCCUGAUCCUGCUGCAGCAGAGACUAGAUGGUGCUGAAUUCGAUGUGAUCGCGCUAAGACAAGGGCUCAGCUGAAUCGCUCUGCAUGUUACAGCUAAAGAGACGUGUGCUUCAGCAAGAAGCAACACUAGAACUAUGAAAACUGCAAGUUUAGAUGCUGCCUUCAUUAUUAUCACUUGAAGAUGGCU